CGCAUGCGCGACUGAACGAAUCACUCCCAGGAGACUACUCGUUCUUCCCGAGUCACAUUAAAGAUUCGUUCAAGAACGACUCAUCACUAUCUGGCCGAGGCUAAAGUUCAGGCUGUCUCGCCUGCAGCUAUAAUCUAUUGAAGCAACGGGUCACCUCAAAACCUGUCUUUUGGGUUUUGCCCUACCGGCUAUCUGUCUAUACAUUGCUCCUAAAUUUGCAACAGCAGAGAUCAUCCAGGACAGGGGUCACCGAAGAGUUCCUCAUCAGUUGGGUACGGAAUAAUCCAGAGGCUUCCAGGUAAAGUCCACUCGUUCUACUUGCUGAUCCUGGUGCUGGACAGUAGUAACGUGUUGAGUGUUCAUCAGACGUGCAGAAAUGAUUUUGUGUCUGCUCUCCAUGGUCGCCAUUUUCCUUUUGUGUCGCUGGUUAAGAGCGAGAAAGCGAGUCUCCGGCAUAUCUAAUAAAUACGUGUUCAUCACUGGCUGCGAUUCUGGAUUUGGAAACUUACUAGCCAAACACUUGGACCAGUUAGGCUUUCGAGUGUUCGCUGCCUGUUUCACUGAGAAGGGUGAGGAUGAGCUGAAGAAGACAACGUCUGAUAAACUUGUAACCGUUCAUUUGGAUGUGACCAAGUCAGAAAGCAUCCAGAGAGCCAUAGAACUGGUUAAGUCUCAGGUGGGACAGGCUGGUCUUUGGGGACUGGUCAAUAAUGCUGCAGUUGGAAUCCCUGUUGGUCCCUGUGACUGGCUCAAUAUUCAAGAAUUUAGAAACAUGUUUGACGUCAACUUCUUUGGAUUGGUCGAGGUCACCCUGGGCUUCGUUAACCUUAUAAAGAAGGCCAAAGGAAGAAUCGUGAAUGUGUCAAGUAUGUCUGCAAGAGUAAGCACUCCUGCGGCACCAUACUGUGCGACAAAAAGUGCUGUGGAAAGUUUCACCGACAGCCUUAGGAAGAACAUGGCCUAUUUUGGCGUUAAAGUUUCAUGCAUUGAGCCUGGGUUCUUCAAAACAAGCAUUAUAACUUCAGAGUUGUUCAAAAGUAACUUCAAGCAGCUUUGGGAGAGACAAACCGAAGAACUGAAAGAAGAAUAUGGGAGAGAUUAUUUAGAAAAAGUUGUGAAAAAUGUGGGAAAGCAGAUAGACAGUUAUGCAGACCCGGACCUGAUGAAAGUGGUGAGCUGCAUGGAGCAUGCUGUUUCAGCUGAACAUCCUUGGACUCGCUAUGCACCUGGAUGGGAUGCCAAAUUUUUUUGGAUUCCACUUUCCUACAUGCCAACUGUCAUUAUCGACUACGUAUUCAGCCAGACCAUGGUCAAACCGGCCAAGUCUGUGUACUGAAUUCAGGCUACAGCAGCAUUCUGGGAGCUGGGCCUCUCCACUGGGACUGAUGAUCUGCUAUGUUUUCUGCAAAUGUCUAGCAGCUGAAAACAGAGACGUAGUUCUGAUAAAUUGUUAUGCAAUAAAUACCAUUUUUCACA